AUGACAGCUUCAAGUUUUCGCCGGGUCUCGUAUGUCCCUCCUCCGGCGGAUUUUGCUGUUGAAAUGCCCUCUCGACCGCGAGACGGUGACAAGCAACAACAACAUCAAAGAUAUACCUGCGGCUCGUACCAGGCGCCUUUCGACUUCAGACCUUUCUCCAUAACAACAAAUAACAUCUCGCUCGGGUCGGGCUUCCCAUACACCCAGGGCCUCCGCGAUCUAGGCAUCACGCCAGAGCAAUGGCUCCACUUCAGCAGAGAAGUCGUCAACGCAACCAAACUCACCAAGGCGGAGGACAAGGCGGCAUGGACAGCGGGUGUAGCCACAAGCGCAGCGGCGUUUCCCUUCAUCAUGGUCUUCGGCCCCGUGGUAGGAUACUACGCGGGCAAAUCGGUGCACAAGAAGACACUGGUAAAGAAAGUGAAGGAGAAGUUGGCGAAAGAGGGCGACCUACGAUCAACGCUCCGCGAGUGGAACGAAGGCCUGUUCAGAGAAAAGGGGAUACAGGUCAAGCUCGAACCGCCGACAUUGGAGGGAGAAGUGGUGAUUGAUGCGCGGCCUGGCGCAAGCCCGAGAGAUAUGCAGAAGGAGGCGCGGAGGCUGGCGAGGCGCUUCAGGAUCGUGUUGGUGCCCUUUGACCCGAGGACGCACGAUGAAGGGCCGUGGUGGUUGGAUGACGGUCCCGGGUCGCCGCUGUCGUCGCUGUCCCUGCGACGAGGCGGGACGUCAGAGCUAGCCUCCCCCGUGUCGCCGCUGUCGCGAGCGGCCAGCACGUCGAUUCCGGAGCGGGAAAGCUGGGUCGAUCACAAAGUGAACGCUGCUCAGGCCUCGCCGUUUUCGGGCAUCGAAAAUCACCCGCUGCUGGUUGCGGAGAUGCAGGGCCGUCCGGCCGCGGCAGAGAUGAACGGCGGCCCGCCAGCGGUGGCAGAGAUGAAUGGGGGCUCCUCGCCGUACGACCUCCCUCCUGUUUACGUUCACGAGCUUGAAGGCAGCCCGAUUGCGAGGGAGCUAUCGGCAGAUAAGGAAGAGGAGGAGGAGUGCAACAUUCCAGCAUUCGCGUUCGCUUCUCUCUGUUCGCUGCCCGUAUCCUUCCUCUGUGUUGAUCUGAUACGUAAGGUAAGCAACACAGGUAUCACCGAAGCCUUCAAGGCCGACAGCUUCAAAGAGAAGAUCAAUCUGGGUGUUGGCGCAUACCGUGACGACCAAGGAAAGCCAUACGUCCUCCCUUCUGUACGAACUGCCGAAGACAGAGUCGUGUCCGCACAACUGAACAAGGAGUACGCCGGUAUCACCGGUGUCCCUGAGUUUACCAAGGCCGCUGCCCUCCUCGCAUACGGACCCGGAUCAUCCGCGCUUGACCGUCUCGCUAUAACACAGUCAAUCUCUGGAACAGGGGCCCUCAGAAUUGGUGGAGCUUUCCUCGAACGCCACUACCCAGGCGCAAAGAAGAUAUACAUCCCAACCCCAUCAUGGGCCAACCAUGCAGCUGUCUUCAAGGACUCGGGCCUGGAAGUCGCCAAGUACAGAUACUACAACAAGGACACCAUUGGCCUUGACUUUGAGGGCAUGGUUGCGGACAUCAAGGGCGCGCCAGAGGGAAGCAUGUUCUUGCUCCACGCAUGUGCUCACAACCCUACUGGUGUCGACCCUACGCCCGCACAGUGGAAGGAGAUCAGCAACGUGGUCAAGGCUGGUAACCACUAUGCGUUCUUCGAUAUGGCAUACCAGGGAUUUGCGUCUGGGGAUACCGACAAGGAUGCUUUCCCCAUUCGCCACUUCAUUGCUGAGGGCCACAACAUCUGCCUUGCUCAGUCGUUCGCCAAGAAUAUGGGACUCUACGGUGAGCGUGUCGGCGCCUUUUCCAUCGUCGCCGCCUCCGCUGAAGAAGCCAAGCGCCUCGACUCACAAAUCAAGAUCUUGGUGCGCCCCAUGUACUCCAACCCCCCCGUGCACGGCGCCCGUGUCGCCUCCGAGAUCCUCAACGACAAGGCCCUGAACCAGCAAUGGCUGGGCGAGGUCAAGGGUAUGGCCGACCGUAUCAUCACCAUGCGCGCUCUGCUGAAGAAGGAGCUUGAGGCCCUUGGAUCCAAGCACGACUGGAGCCACAUCACCAGCCAGAUCGGCAUGUUCGCCUACACUGGUCUGACCCCUGAGCAGAUGGCUACGCUGGCCAAGGAGCACUCGGUUUACGCCACGAAGGAUGGCCGAAUUUCCGUCGCGGGUAUCACAUCGGGGAACGUCAAGAGACUUGCUGCUGCUAUCCACGCUGUGAAGCCUUGA